UAACUUGGGAAUCUCCUAUCAACUACAAUAGUGUGUGGUUAACGUUACCUAGGCCAUUGUCAACCACCGAAAAAACGCUGGUUUAGCUAACCGCACAAUAUCACAGCAACGUUUAAACUUCCCGGCUCCUCGAGGCUAUUUAUUUUUUUCACUUCGAGGAGAAGCGGAUUAAUAAAUCACAUGAUAUCGGGAGUGUGAUAGCCAUAGCGUCAUGCCUCCCUCCCUCUAUUGUGAUUCAGUAACUAGCAGCAGUCUGAAGGCGAGGGCUGUUGACUUGCGGCUAGUCUUGGCUAGCUAGCUACCGAUCACACAUUGGUUAGAGGCUGACUUCGUGUAUGCCACCCUCGGCAUAAGGCUGCAGUAGUAAAGAUGGACGAGGCCUCUCUCACUGUCAACAAUGAGCUGGAUGCUGAGAUGGUCGUGAGCUGGCUAUCAGACCACUGCUAUCAGUGUGUGUACCAGCCCCUGGGUGUGGUGCCAGCAGGCCCUGGACCAGGCAUACCCAGCUCAGUGGACUUCACCGUGGGCACACAGCAUGGCAUCACCCUGCAGUUCAACAGCAGCCUCGUCAGCCUGGAACUCUGCAAGGUUCAUUUCCACUUCUGGGAGCAUGGUAACUACUCUCUGUGGGUCAAGAACCUGAAUGACUCAUCAGUGGUCAACUGUUCCAUGAUCACUGACACAGAACCGGUCAACAGCUACCUGCCCAUCAUGGUGGCCUUUCUGUUGUUCACGGGACUGGCUCUACUGUCUGCUGUUGGAGGCACAGUCAUGGGGCUGGGCGUGGUGAAGAAUCUGAUGUUCCGAUUGGGCAACUCCAUGGAAACUGAGAGGCUUAUCAACUCAGAGCUGGGGUUUCCAGGCAGGACGGUGGAGACGGCCACAGACACCAUACUCCCCACCGCCGCCACCCCCAGCCGGAGGCUCCGAUCCCUGGACACUUUCAGAGGGUUGUCCCUGGUCAUCAUGGUUUUUGUGAACUACGGAGGAGGGAGGUACUGGUUCUUCAGACACGAGAGCUGGAACGGACUCACAGUUGCUGAUUUGGUCUUCCCCUGGUUUGUGUUCAUCAUGGGCACGUCUAUAUCCCUGUCUGUCAGCUCAGCCCUGCGUUGUGGUUUGUCACGUUUCUCUCUCUUCACCAAGGCAGUCUGGAGGAGUGUUCAGCUCUUCCUCAUAGGACUCCUCAUCAUCAACCCCAACUACUGCCAGGGACCACUAUCAUGGGACUCCCUGCGUAUCCCUGGCGUGCUUCAGCGUCUGGCCUUCUCCUAUCUGGUGGUGACCUCUCUGGACCUCUGUGUGGCCUGGAACAGCCUGGACAACCUUCCUGUGGAUGCUUGGUGGUACUCUGCUCGUGAGUUCCUGCUCUACUGGCCAGCCUGGCUGUGUGUGGUCGUCUUGGAAACCGUGUGGCUCUGUCUCACCUUCCUGCUCCCUGUUCCUGACUGCCCAAGUGGUUAUUUGGGCCCAGGUGGUAUUGGGGACAUGGGCCAGUACCCAAACUGCACUGGGGGAGCAGCUGGAUAUGUAGACCGCUGGUUACUGGGAGAGAACCACAUCUACCAAACACCUUCCUCACGGGUGAUCUACAAGUCUCACAUGCCCUUUGAUCCAGAGGGAGUCCUUGGCAGCAUCAACUCUGUCUUCAUGGCUUUCCUGGGACUACAGGCAGGAAAGAUCCUCCUCCACUACAAGGAUCAGCAUUCCAGUAUAAUGGCCCGGUUCCUCAUAUGGAGCCUGGUUCUGGGAAUCAUAUCAGCCACUCUGACCAAAUGUUCACUGAAUGAAGGCUUCAUCCCCGUCAACAAGAAUCUAUGGUCUCUCUCCUACGUCACCACCCUGGCGUGUUUUGCCUUGCUGCUUCUGGUGUCGAUCUACUACACAGUAGAUGUGAAGAGGUGGUGGUCUGGGGCGCCCUUCUACUACCCUGGUAUGAACUCCAUCCUGGUGUACGUGGGCCACGAGGUCCUGGAGGACUACUUCCCGUUCCGCUGGCGCAUGGCCAACAGCCAAUCCCACGCAGAGCACCUGACCCAGAACCUAUUGGCCACUUCCUGCUGGGUCCUCAUCUCCUUCCUGCUGUACAGGAAGAACGUCUUCUGGAAGAUCUAGAGGGCCAGGACGCGUUUCAAUAAGUCUUUCUUCAAGUCCUCUACAGAUUUAGGGGGAAGGUCUAAGGGGCCGGGCUGUGUCUCAUAAGUGUUAUCUCAAGUCUUUCUGAAGGAUCUACUCUUUUCAAUUCCUUGUGUCCUGUAACCAACGAUUCACUGGGAGAUGUCGAGCUGGGCCGUAUCUCAAUAGUCUCCUCAAUUCCUUGUGUCCUGUAACCAACGAUCCACUGGGAGAUGUCGAGCCGGGCCGUAUCUCAAUAGUCUCCUUAAUUCCUUGUGUCCUGUAACCAACGAUCCACUGGGAGAUGUCGAGCUGGGCCGUAUCUCAAUAGUCUCCUCAAUUCCUUGUGUCCUUUAACCAACGAUCCACUGGGAGAUGUCGAGCCGGGCCGUAUCUCAAUAGUCUCCUCAAUUCCUUGUGUCCUGUAACCAACGAUCCACUGGGAGAUGUCGAGCUGGGCCGUAUCUCAAUAGUCUCCUCAAUUCCUUGUGUCCUUUAACCAACUAUCCACUGGGAGAUGUCGAGCUGGGCCGUAUCUCAAUAGUCUCCUUAAUUCCUUGUGUCCUUGAAGAUCUUUGGCUGGGUUGCAUUUCACUUGCCUUUCAUCAAUUCCUUGUGUCCUUUCUCCAGCUUCCUUUUUAAAAAGGGAUAGCGUAAAGCGUUUCCUCUCCUUGUUUCGUUUCCUCAUGUGCUCUCCUUGCUGGACGCUGAUGUUUUGAGAAAGGGAACAUAAUCACUCAGGAAAAGGCUGGUCUGUGAUUGUAUCCAAGAGACACGGAAACUCAAACCAUUUUUCUGCUCAUACAAAUCAAAUGUUAUUAGUCACAUGUGCCGAAUACAACAGUCACCUUUAGAGACUUACCCUUUGGGUCUAGACGGAUGGACUGUCUGGCUGCGUACCAUUUUUGAGGACGGCUUUUGUGGAACAUAGACUUGGAUCUCCCCAAUCGUGGCAUUUGGCUCAACCUUAUCGUGAAAUGUUUACUGACGAGCCCUGUAACCAACAAUACAGUUCAAGAAAAUCGAGUUAAUGGAAACGAUGCUACAGGCUCUGGUCUACGCUACACUUUCACUAUGGACACACAGUUCAGAGGUCACUGGGAUGUGUGUGGGAUCAAACUGGACUUCACAACAAAAGAAUGGGAGUGUACAGCCAAACGGGUAUGGAAUAGUGUACCAUUAGAUAAUACAUGUGUUGAUUCUCGUUUGUGCAUGUACGAGCGCUUGCUUUCUUGGGACUGAAACAACCAAUGCCAGACAGUUGAAAUAACUUGUACUAAUUAAUGACAUUGUCUUUUUUUUCUCUUUUUUUUGCCAAAGUCAUCAAGGAAAUGAAUGAUGGACCAACCGCCAACUAACUGUAUGUGUAUAUUUCAUGGGUCGUUCCACAAAUUCAGUGCCUUUUUUGAGAAGUGUAACAUGGUUAAAAAAAAAAAGGGAAAAAAAGUUUUAUUUCACCUCAUUUUCAUAUUCUGUCAUAAAGAGCACAUAUUCUCCCAUUUCAAAGUACUACAGUAGGGGCCUGUUCAAUGCCCAAUAAAGUAACAGGGUUGAUGACCUCAUCGUAAAUCCCAUUGUGACGGGAGAAGGAAAGCUUGUGUGCAACAGGGAGUGGAAAUUUUAAAUGCAGGAAUCACCAAAAAUGUUUAAUUGUUAAAAAAAAUGUCUAGCUUUUCUGUCUAUGGGUAACAGGGUUGACUUGUAAUGCUCGACACGCUCAGUUUUCCACCACAAAACGCCAGAAAAUGGCCAUAAAGAGUAAAACCAGCUCACCUGCUUUUACAUGAUUUGACUAUUAGAUGUUCAAUGUCUCUUUUGAAAAAAAAAUAUUUAAAAAUGAAUAAUUUUGCCCUAUUAAAAUGAGACUUCAGUUCACGUAACAGGGUUAACUUUAAAAUGAGGGACAGGUGAUUUAAUCCCUAAAUAAUCUUUAGGAAUGACUUUUUGUCAAAGUAACAAAAUAACUAGGGCUUUACAACGAUGGUGAAAACUUGGGAGAUGUUUUUGGGGUUUUAAGUCUGUUAAAAUCUUCCUAGAAGUCGAUGCUGAGGGUGCAAGGGGGGGGACGUGUCAAAAUGCUGAAUUAUGUCACUUUAACAAGUCUUUAUUCAUGUAAAAAUAAAAAUAAAUUGGAUUGAUUGAAUUUUCUAUGUGGUCUAUAUUAAAGAGUGCUUCAUUUAAAAUUACAGGCUUUUUUUCUUUUCCUACUUAAAAUAUCAAAGGGAUGCAAAAGGACCUUAUUUUGUGGAAUGAUCCUCCAUAUGAACAUACAGCGUUGUGCCAAAACACUACAGAAGAAGAAACCACGUUUAAGUCCCAAAUAGCACCCUAUUCCCUUUUAUAGUGCACUAAUUUUAACCAGAGCCAAGAAGAAACCACGUUUAAGUCCCAAAUAGCACCCUAUUCCCUUUUAUAGUGCACUAAUUUUAACCAGAGCCAUAUGGGUCCUGGUCAAAAGGAGUGCACCAUAUUCCCUUUUAUAGUGCACUACUUUUAACCAGAGUCAUAUGGGUCCUGGUCAAAAGGAGUGCACCAUAUUCCCUUUUAUAGUGCACUACUUUUAACCAGAGCCCUAUGGGUCCUGGUCAAAAGGAGUGCACUACAAAGGGUACUAUUUUAGGAUGUAAAUUAUGACUUUCCUUUAGGUAAUUGUACUGUAUGACAUGUAAAUGAGCACAAAGAAUGGCAGGACACAACUAUUCAUGCAACACAAUGAUGAUUUAUACCAAAUUCAGACAACUGUAAACUUCUGUUACUGUAUCAUACUCAAUGCCCAAGUACUAGUAUUUGUGUUUUAAUGGUGUGGUUAAUGAAUUAAACUGUAAAAAUGAUAAUAUAUCGACCGAAACUCAUGCAAAUAAUGUGAUGUGUACUUUUCAUCGUUGUGAAUAAAUUGUAUCAAUAUCUUUUUAAAUGCGACCAAAGACGACUAGCAGUGCUAUUUGAUACACUUACCCAAAUAAAAACCUCAUUAAAUAAAUAGGAAAAUGUAUUCUCUCACUGCUGUUAUUCACUCAGGGUAAGACCCACUGGGCAUACACUGGUUGAAUCAAUGUUGUUACCACGUCAUUUCAAUUAAAUUACUUUGAUACCAACGCGCAAUAGACGUUGAAUGGACGUCUGUGCUCAGUGGGGAGCGUCUGCUAAAUGACUAAAAUGUAAAUAAAUUUGUGCCAAAUGGCAGCCUAUUCCUUAUUAUAGUGCACUACUUUAGACCAGAGCCCUAUGGCACCCUAUUCCCUUUUUAGUGCACUACUUUAGACCGGCACCCUAUUCCCUAUAUAGUGCAAUACUUUCGAUCAGAGCCCUAUGCCACCCUAUUCCCUAUAUAGUGCACUACUUUCGAUCAGAGCCCUAUGGCACCCUAUUCCCUAUAUCGUGCCCUACUUUAGACCAGAGCCCUAUUGGUCCUGGUCAGAAGGAGCAGGGUACUCUAUAUAGUGAAUAAAGCCCUGUUGGUCCUGGUCAGAAGUAGCAGGGUACUCUAUAUAGUGAAUAAAGCCCUAUUGGUCCUGGUCAGAAGUAGCAGGCUACUCUAUAGUGAAUAAAGCCCUGUUGUUCCUGGUCAGUAGUAGCAGGGUACUCUAUAUAGUGAAUAAAGCCCUGUUGGUCCUGGUCAGAAGUAGCAGGCUACUCUAUAUAGUGAAUAAAGCCCUGUUGGUCCUGGUCAGAAGUAGCAGGCUACACUAUAUAGUGAAUAAAGCCCUGUUGGUCCUGGUCAGAAGUAGCAGGCUACUCUAUAUAGUGAAUAAAGCCCUAUUGGUCCUGGUCAGAAGUAGCAGGCUACUCUCUAUAUAGUGAAUAUAGCCCUAUUGGUCCUGGUCAGAAGUAGCAGGCUACUCUCUAUAUAGUGAAUAAAGCCCUGUUGGUCCUGGGCAGAAGUAGCAGGCUACUCUCUAUAUAGUGAAUAAAGCCCUGUUGGUCCUGGUCAGAAGUAGCAGGCUACUCUCUAUAUAGUGAAUAAAGCCCUGUUGGUCCUGGUCAGAAGUAGCAGGGUACUCUAUAUAGUGAAUAAAGCCCUGUUGGUCCUGGUCAGAAGUAGCAGGCUACACUAUAUAGUGAAUAAAGCCCUGUUGGUCCUGGUCAGAAGGAGCAGGGUACUCUAUAUAGUGAAUAAAGCCCUGUUGGUCCUGAUCAGAAGUAGCAGGCUACUCUAUAUAGUGAAUAAAGCCCUGUUGGUCCUGGUCAGAAGUAGCAGGCUACUUUAUAUAGUGAAUAAAGCCCUGUUGGUCCUGGUCAGAAGUAGCAGGCUACUCUCUAUAUAGUGAAUAAAGCCCUGUUGGUCCUGGUCAGAAGUAGCAGGGUACUCUAUAUAGUGAAUAAAGCCCUGUUGGUCCUGGUCAGAAGUAGCAGGCUACACUAUAUAGUGAAUAAAGCCCUGUUGGUCCUGGUCAGAAGGAGCAGGGUACUCUAUAUAGUGAAUAAAGCCCUGUUGGUCCUGAUCAGAAGUAGCAGGCUACUCUAUAUAGUGAAUAAAGCCCUGUUGGUCCUGGUCAGAAGUAGCAGGCUACUCUAUAUAGUGAAUAAAGCCCUGUUGGUCCUGGUCAGAAGUAGCAGGCUACUCUAUAUAGUGAAUAAAGCCCUAUUGGUCCUGGUCAGAAGUAGCAGGCUACUCUAUAUAGUAAAUAAAGCCCUAUUGGUCCUGGUCAGAAGUAGCAGGCUACUCUCUAUAUAGUGAAUAAAGCCCUAUUGGUCCUGGUCAGAAGUAGCAGGCUACUCUCUAUAUAGUGAAUAAAGCCCUGUUGGUCCUGGUCAGAAGUAGCAGGGUACACUAUAUAGUGAAUAAAGCCCUGUUGGUCCUGGUCAGAAGUAGCAUGCUACUCUAUAUAGUGAAUAAAGCCCUGUUGGUCCUGGUCAGAAGUAGCAUGCUACUCUCUAUAUAGUGAAUAAAGCCCUGUUGGUCCUGGUCAGAAGUAGCGGGCUACACUAUAUAGGGAAUUGGGGCGGCAGCGUAGCCUAGUGGUUAGAGCGUUGGACUAAUAAUCGAAAGUUUGCAAGAUCGAAUCCCUGAGUUGACAUGGUACAAAUCUGUCGUUCUGCCCCUGAACAAGGCAGUUAACCCACUGUUCCUAGGCCGUCAUUGAAAAUAAGAAUUUGUUCUUAAAACUGACUUCCCGAGUUAAAUAAAUAAAAAUAGAGUUCAAUUUACAUCCUGACAUUCUUUUGUUGUUGUUUUAGACAUUUGAACAUUCCAUGUGAUUCCUUUAAAUGAUUUUAUUUUAAUUAAAGGUACUCUCUUACA